UUCGCGCCGGUUCGGGGCGACGUUUUGCAAACAUCCACGCAGACAGGGGCAUUGUCCGCACGGGCCGCGCUCACGGACACCGCGCAAGACAUCGUGCGAGCCGGGUGGGGGCAAAGCACGAUCCGGACGUACAGCCGAGCGUUGUCCGUGCACGUUCACGGCUUCGAACAGCAGGUCGAUUCCAACAUCCUCCCGUUGGAUUCCCUGGAUAAGCUCACGCCCCUGUUCGCAAGCAUGGACGGCAUGGCAUGGCAAACCAUGCGCCUCAACAAAGCAGCCGUCAGAGCGUGGCACCAGAGCAACAACUACAGCCAG